GGGAGGCAAGCAGUGACCACCAGCCUCCACCAGUGCAGCAUCAGCCUCGGCGUCACCUCCUGGUCUCCGCCAAACAAUUUCAAUUCAUACGAGGAAUUCAACGUCAAACCGAGAGAUUCAGUAUGAUGCGUGGGAGCAGCAGCGGGCUGGUGAUGGUGAUGAUGGUGGUGGUGGUGGCAGCGGCCAACAAGACCCAAGAUGACUGCUUCAAGCCCAACAGCCUCCCACCCAGGAAGAGGAACAUCUGUAAUGGGAUGUCUCUGCUGUCUGCGGCUGAACACGGAGACCUGCACAAGGUGGAGGAGCUGCUCGAGUCUCCGGACAGGUCCUACGUCCUCGCCUACACCGAGAACAACGGUUGGAGGCGUGGGUUCACCUCCCUGAUGCUGGCGGCGGAGCACAACCACACCCAGGUGGUGGACGCCCUGGUGGCCGCCGGGGCCAGCGUCAACCACACCAGCACCUCCAAGUACACAGUGGUCUACCUGCUGGCGGAGAAUGGCGCCACUGAGUCCCUUCAGAAUGUGCUGAGUCUUGGGGCCAACCCUGACGUGAUGACCAACGCCGGCCUGACGCCCGUGCUGAUAGGGGCGUGGAACGGGUUCACGGCUGUAGUGAAGAUGUUGCUUGAGCGUCGCGCCAACCCUAAUGUGGCCAAGCCUAACACCUUGUACACACCACUGUACCUGGCCUCCAAGGCGGGAGACGAGGAGAUGGUGAGAGCGCUGCUGAACGCCGGCGCCAAUAUUGACUUCCAGACCUACUGGGGGGUGACAGCGCUGAUCGGGGCGACAUCAUGGGGGAGGCAGCCAGUGGUGGCGAUGCUGCUGAAGGCGCGGGCUGACCCCAACAUUGUGGAGAAGGACGGGUUCACGGCGCUGCACAAGGCUGUCUACUACCGUCACCCGGAGAUCGUCAGGGACCUGCUGGACUACGGCGCCUCCGUGCAGGCGCAAGACACCUAUGGACGGACGCCUCUACACUACUGUGUGAUGGUGAAGGCCGAGGAGCGGUGGUCCGGGGCUCAUAAGCCCAGGCUGGCCACCAAACUCACCUCCCAGAAGAGAGCCAUGAUGCAGGAGCUGAUGGAGCGGUGCCCUGAUGCUGCCAUCACUGACUACACAGGCAAGACAGCGCUGGACCUGGCACUGGAGGUCAACGCCACCCAGCUCCUCCCCCUGCUUAAAGGGUACAAGAAGGCCACAUGUACCUAGUCUCUCCUCCAGCACCAGGUGUGGUGCCUGCCUCAGCCAGCUGCCUUCACGCACCAGCUGCCUUCAUGCACGAGCUGCCUUCAAGCACCAGCUGCCUUCACGCACCAGCUGCCUUCAAGCACCAGCUGCCUUCACGCACCAGCUGCCUUCAUGCACGAGCUGCCUUCACGCACCAGCUGCCUUCACGCACCAGCUGCCUUCAUGCACCAGCUGCCCUCAAGCACCAGCUGCCUUCACGCGCCAGCUGCCCACCACAGGAGGGCAGCCACGACCUCCAAGCACCAGCUACCCACCACAGGAGGGCAGCCACGACCUCCAAGCACCAGCUGCCCACCACAGGAGGGCAGCCACGACCUCCAAGCACCAGCUGCCCACCACAGUGAGGACAGCCACGACCUCCAAGCACCAGCUGCCCACCACAGGAGGGCAGCCACGACCUCCAAGCACCAGCUGCCCACCACAGGAGGACAGCCACGACCUACAAGCACCAGCUGCCCACCACAGUGAGGACAGCCACGACCUCCAAGCACCAGCUGCCCACCACAGGAGGGCAGCCACGACCUCCAAGCACCAGCUACCCACCACAGGAGGGCAGCCACGACCUCCAAGCACCAGCUGCCCACCACAGGGAGAACAGCCAGCAACCUCCAAGCACCAGCUGCCCACCACAGGGAGGACAGCCACGACCUCCAAGCACCAGCUGCCCACCACAGGGAGGACAGCCACGACCUCCAAGCACCAGCUGCCCACCACAGGGAGGACAGCCACGACCUCCAAGCACCAGCUGCCCACCACAGGAGGACAGCCACGACCUCCAAGCACCAGCUGCCCACCACAGGAGGGCAGACAGCAACCUCCAAACAACUGAACUGCACUAAAUAAAAAUUUACUGUAUGUAAUAUUAAUAAAACUAAAAUUCCUUA